GGAAAACAAGUUUGCUUGCAAGGUACCAAGUCGGCUGGUUGGAUGAGAGUGCUCGAAAACGCACAGGGUGGCGUUUCUUGCCAGUCCAGACCGGGACAUGGUCAAACUCUACCAAGCAUCCAUACAAAAGUCUACACGCUCCCCUGCGCGUAUGGGCUUCCAAGGUUCUUCUACACCACUGUUUUUUUCUUCUUGCGGGAUUUUCUAAGCUCGAAUGAGGUGGCCGGACGGGUCGCUUUCAUCCGUAUGCAGGUAUUUCGAAGAAUCUUGGUUUGUUGUCUUGUCCCCACCCCCUCGUUUACAGACCAAGUGUCGACUGGAAUACAACUGGUCGGAUCGCUUGAGUGCCGAUGCAUGGCAGUAUUGACCGCAGAAAUAAGAGAAAUAGGCGUUUCAAAACACUUCUCAGAAGCAAGAUCACGCGACUGCUACCGAGGCGACAGCGAGCGAUUCCUAAUCUCUUCUCAGUUUCCACCUGUCAGUGUUGCGCCAUGGACUAACUCCUUCCUUGGCAAGUUAAACAGCACGCUGUUUCUCUGACUUCAACGUUGCUGGUUAUCUUCUUUCCAAGUAGUUGUACCCUCUCUUUCCAUAUCCUAUCUCCCUUCUCGUAGUCCUUGCUAACCUACCCUAACUGACAGUACCACAUCGUACAAUACAUCUUUCCUCCACGUCGUACCGAUUGUAGCAAUACCACCACUCGCUGGUACGAUACGAAUCUUCCAUACAUGCACUGACACAUCUCACUGCGGCAUAUACACCAGAGCAUUCGCCCCGCUAGUCACUCCAGAUGCAUAGCGCAGUCUAAAUGUAGCGACCUACCUACGGCCUUUUGACGCUCAAUCGCUUUGGCGUAGGCGCCUUGAGCUGUAGCUGUCGCAGGGGAUAUCCACCUACUCUAUGCGGUUGUUCUGCCUGCCAUGGACUCUUCCUCUAACAAACUAUGAGGACAGAAUAUCCAUGAGCUAACGGUGAGACUGC